AUGCUUGGUAGCAUUGAUUGUAUGCAUUGGGGGUGGCAUAAUUGCCCGACUGCGUGGCGCGGCCAAUAUACGCGAGGUGAUCACGGCUAUCCAACCGUGAUACUUGAAGCUGUGGCAUCACAAGAUUUGUGGAUAUGGCAUUCUUUCUUUGGUCUCCCUGGUUCACUCAACGACCUCAACGUGUUAUACCAAUCGGCCAUCUUUACCGAUGUCGUUAAUGGAACGGGACCGGACACACGUUUUACAGUUUCUGGGGUUGAGUAUAGACGUGGGUAUUAUCUUGCUGACGGGAUAUAUCCGUCUUGGUCUACAAUUGUGAAGACUAUUCCAUAUCGCGAGGACGAAAAACGGAAAAAAUUUGCCAAGCGUCAAGAAGCUGCAAGAAAAGACAUCGAACACGAAGGUCGGGCGAUUUGUGAGUAUGAUGAGAAUGCAUCUUGGGGGAACACUGUCCCGGUUGAUCCCCCACAACAUGAUUUAAACUCGUUCUCGCUAACAAACGACUUCACGCAUGCAAACCUCCAACAAGAUUUGGUAGAACAUAUUUGGAACAACGUUAACAUGGUGGACGGUGACGGAGCCGAAGACGAAGACGAGUAG